AAUCUUCAGAUGGUGUCACCACCUAUAAAAUGCAGCUGCACUUAGGUGUUUUGUCACUUGAAGACAUUGUUGAGCUACAACAAUGCUGCGCAAGGGUAUUACAGAGAGCUUUGGAGCUGCUAUCCAUGCCCUCAACACCACCCAGCUGACAGAUGGUGUGAUUAACAGGAGCAAAAGGAUGAUGCUGGACACCCUGGGUGUUGGGCUGUUAGGAACCAGGACAGCUGUGUUUAACAAGGCUCUAGCAUACAGCCAGUUGUUCACGUCUCACGAGAGCAGCAGUGUUUGGGGUAAAUCAGAGAUAACUCUUCCUCCUCAUUACGCUGCAUUUGUCAAUGGCAUCGCGGUUCACUCCAUGGACUUUGAUGACACUUGGCACCCUGCUACUCAUCCCUCAGGAGCGGUGCUACCUGCCCUGCUGGCCCUCGCAGAGACACUGCCCAGCCAGCCCUCGGGUCUAGACCUGCUGCUGGCCUUCAAUGUUGGUAUUGAGGUGCAGGGCAGACUCAUGAGGUUCUCCAGAGAGGCCUACAACAUCCCUGAGAGAUUCCACCCCCCCAGUGUUGUUGGGGUGAUGGGUAGCGCUGCAGCCUCAGCUAAGCUCCUGGGUCUGUCCCCUGCGCAGUGUACUAAUGCUCUGGCUAUCGCAGCCUCCUCUGCUGGGGCUCCUUUGGCCAACGCUGCCACGCAAACCAAACCUCUCCAUAUUGGAAAUGCUGCUCGGAGAGGCCUGGAGGCCGCACAGCUGGCCCAGAGGGGACUGGAGGGGAAUCCAGCCAUCCUGGAUGUGAACUGCGGGUUUGGGGUUUACUACAAAGACUACAGUCCUUCAGCAAUGGCAGUUUCCGCUUCUAGUGACUUUAAAUGGAUUCUGGAAGAUCAGGAUGUGGCCUUCAAGCGCAUCCCUGCUCACCUGGGGAUGCACUGGGUUGUGGAUGCAGCGCUGGCAGCCCGCGCAAAGCUUGAAAACUCCGUCAGGAACUUUGACCUCAGCCAGAUCAGGCACGUCACACUUCGAGUGCCUCCAUCCAAGUACGUUGACUGUCCCUUCCCUGCCACAGAGCACCAAGCCAGGCACUCAUUUCAGUUCAACGCCUCUUGCGCCCUGCUGGAUAACAAAGUAACAGUGUCUUCCUUCAGUGAAGCUCAGAUUAACCGGCCUGCUCUGAAGGAGCUCUUGUCCAAAGUCGAGGUGGAGACCCCUAAAGAUAACCUACCCAGCUUUGACAAGAUGUACUGUGAGGUUGAGAUGGAGACAGAUCAGGGGCAGAGAUAUGUAGCCAGAUGUGAUACCUUUUAUGGCCACUGGAGGAAGCCACUGAGUCAGAAGGACCUGGUGGAGAAGUUCAGUGUUAAUGCUUCUUCAGUGUUGUGCACAGAGGGAGUAGAGGGUGUGAUUGAUGUGACAGGAAACAUCGAGAGAGUGAGAGAAUGCUCAAUCUUGGGUUCAUAUCUGAGAAUGACAAGUAGUCAACAUGAGCAGUUAUACAGCACAAGGAGUUUGUGAUUAUUCAGGUUUGGUGAAGCCAGUGCA